CAGGAGGAGGGGCGGACGGGGCGGAACAAGGAAUUGAAUGGUGGAAAGGAAAGUCAGUCAGGAGCUGCGUCCUGCCUACUGAGAUUGGCGGUAACCUAGCAACGCAGGUACCCGCCGAGGUAACAGUUGAGAAACCAGGAGCCCUCGGAGCUGGGUUGCCAGAGACAUUAAAGCAGGAGACCUACGUAGUCUACCAAAGUCUCACUCUCCCAGAGUGUACAAAGGUGAAGAAGAAGACUGCUCAUAGAUGGCUUUAGAUGUCCUCACUGUGGCCCACAUCAACAGGAUAAAGCUGAUGGCAGAGCCAUCCAAAAAGCCACCCUCCCCACUAAACCCCUUGGUCCCAUCCAAGACCAAACUCACCACCACCGAGGCCAAGAAGAUCAUGUCCGUGCUGGACGAGACCAUCCACAAGGUGGAGUUGGCGACCCUGCUGUCAUAUGUAGCGUCCAAUCAGGAGGCCCUGGAGGGGAUGUUGGGAGAGGACAUCAUGAAGGCAGUGAGAGAGCACGAGGCUCUCUGCCAGAUCCUCUUGGACAAUGUCAAUUCCCUGCAGGAUGAAGAAAGAUGGCUACAGGAGGAAGAAGAGUUUGAGGAGGGAGGGUGGUUCAGAGACCACCUCUUCUCCGUGGAACUACAGAAACCCAACCUCCUGCCACUUAUGCAACAGAUCAGAGAAUCCACCAAGAACUCCCUGAGGCUCUUGCUCAAUAACCCGCAGGCUGCUAGUCUCUUGCAGAUGCAGACACAAGGCAGAAGUGCAGAAGCCCAAAGAUUUAUUGAUAGCCUGAUGGAACUCCAGGGUUUCCUCUUUGAGAAGCUACUCACCAGUCCCAUGGAAGCCAGAGACAGGGCUCAGUUCAUGCAGGAUAUCAGUAAACGGAUUAGGAGGAACCAAGAAGUCACUGAUGCUCUUGAAAGUGAAUUAGCAGUGAACAUAAGGAACAGGGAUAUAGAGGUGGAAAAAGAGAACUUUGUGAUUCAAGAACUGAAGAACCACCUGCACCAGUUGCUCAAGUUCUCAGAGAAAAGCCUCCUUCACACUAAGCGGGAGGCUGAAAGGCAGCAGAAGGCUGACUUCCGGGCCUCACAGGCCAGGGUGGCCAAGAUGCAGCAGGAGGUCCAGCUGCUGCGCUCACAGUUCCACAGCUUGGUCAUGGAGAACUGGGAGGCGGAGCAGGCACUGAGGAAGAAAAAGUAUAAAGUGGAGACGGAAAUUGAGAACUGGAUCCAGAAAUAUGAUACGGACAUGGGUGAAAAGCAGGAUGAGUACGAGGAGCUAGACGUUAUCCAUAAGGAGGAGAAGGCCCAGCUGGAGGAGCUGAAGCAGAGGCAUGACAUGCUGGCAGAAGAGUUCGCCCAGAUCUGGGCAGAGCAGGAGAUCAACUCCAAGAAGAGGAUGGAGGCUGAGCAAGAGAUGGUGCGCAUGGUGAGGGCUGCCACGCUCAUCCAGUCUGUAUGGAAGGGCUACCUGGUCCGCUCCAUGCUCAAGUCUAAGAAGAAGAAGCGGAGCAAGACUAAGGAUAAAGGCAAGGGCAAGGGCAGGGGCAAGAAAUGAGCCCUUCCCGAGAGCCCCACUCCUGUCCCUGUGCAUUCAGCACUCCCCUCACCUCCCAGAGAGCAGGCCAGGCAGCCACUGGGAUAGGGAGUCCUGCAGUUCAUGGCUUUAACGAUUGUUCUCAAUGAAUAAGCAAUUUAAACCACAUCCCACAAAUAAAUCUCAUUUUACCCAGG